GCGCGUGGUCAGAGCCCAGUGCCCGCCAGCGGCCGCACACCGGAGCGCAGGCCUCGCCGCCCCGACGCCGCCGCGGACCUCAGCGGGCGCUGCCGGGGCCCCGCAGCCAGAGCCUCCCGGGCGGCCGCCGACAGACAGACAGACAGACGGCCCGUGGCGCGGAGACCGCAGGACGGAGGGACACCCGGGUCCGCAGCGCCGGCCGGGGCCGACAGCGCCAUGGACGGCAUGGACAAUGCCACCUGGUUCCUCGCCGCUCUGCUGCCGGACAACUACAGCCUAUCGCCCGGCGCCGGCGGGCCGAGCCCCGGCACCGACUGGCCCCUAGCUCCCGCCUCCAGCCCCGGCCCCGGCCCCGGGCUCAGUCUCGGGCCGGGUCCCAGCAUCAGCUUCAGCCCCGGCCCGACCCCGACUCCGGAGCUGACGGCCAGCAGCCUCGUGCCCGCGGGCGGUGCGGCGACCCGGGGCCCCUCCGCGUUCCCUCGGCCCUGGGCGCUCCCCGGGCCACUGUUCUGGGACACGCCGCUGAACCACGGGCUGAACGUGUUCGUGGGCGCCGCCCUGUGCAUCACCAUGCUGGGCCUGGGCUGCACCGUGGACGUGAACCGCUUCGGGGCGCACGUCCGCCGGCCCCUGGGCGCGCUGCUGGCCGCGCUCUGCCAGUUUGGCUUCCUGCCGCUGCUGGCCUUCCUGCUGGCCCUCGCCUUCAAGCUGGACGAGGUGGCCGCCGUGGCGGUGCUCCUGUGCGGCUGCUGUCCCGGAGGAAAUCUCUCCAAUCUCAUGUCCCUGCUGGUGGACGGCGACAUGAACCUCAGCAUUAUCAUGACCGUCUCCUCCACACUGCUGGCCCUGGUCUUGAUGCCCCUGUGCCUGUGGAUCUACAGCCGGGCUUGGAUCAACACCCCCCUGGUGCAGUUACUACCCCUGGGGGCCGUGACCCUGACGCUCUGCGGCACCCUCAUCCCUAUUGGGCUGGGCGUCUUUAUUCGCUACAAAUACAGCCGGGUGGCUGACUACAUUGUGAAGGUUUCGCUGUGGUCUCUGCUACUGACUCUGGUGGUCCUUUUCAUAAUGACCGGCACUAUGUUAGGACCUGAACUGCUGGCACGGAUUCCUGCAGCUGUUUAUGUGAUAGCAAUUUUCAUGCCUUUGGCAGGCUACGCAUCAGGCUACGGCCUUGCUACUCUCUUCCAUCUGCCGCCCAACUGCAAGAGGACUGUUUGUCUGGAAACAGGUAGUCAGAAUGUGCAGCUCUGUACGGCCAUUCUCAAACUGGCCUUUCCACCACAACUCAUAGGAAGCAUGUACAUGUUUCCCUUGCUUUAUGCCCUUUUCCAGUCUGCAGAAGCAGGGAUUUUUGUUUUAAUAUACAAAAUGUAUGGAAAUGAAAUGUUGCACAAGCAAGAUCCUCUCGAUGAAGAUGAAGAUACAGAUAUUUCUUAUAAGAAACUAAAGGAAGAGGAGAUGGCAGACACUUCCUAUGGCACAGUGAAAGCAGAUAAUUUAAUAAUGAUGGAAACCACCCAGACUUCUCUCUGAACGUGGAGAGACACACACAGGAGCUUCUAUCUUGCUAAGAUAUUACUUCACAUUUAUGGUCUGUGGUAGUACAUAUGGUUUACAUAAAAAAUAACAACUGUUUCAAGUUACCAUACGUCUAACAAUUAUGACCUUCCCAUUACAAAUCAAUGUUGUAAUAUCAUUUGCACCUGGGACAGCUCACGUGCAGCCUGAACUAGUUAAAAGUGCUUUUUGGUUUUUACAGUUACCAAUUUCUAUGCCAGCUUUAAAUAUAGAAACUGUUAGAAAACAGGGUCUUGGAAAUGUAGAAUUUUGGUGCAUUAUCUUAUGAGUAAAACAAACUAUCUUUGCAAAAGCAUAAUCGAGUUUAAUGUAAUUGUUAAAAAAAAAAGUUGUGCUUAUUCAACUUAUAAAUACCUGACAAUGUUGAAUUUUGAGCUGUAUUUAGAAAAGUUCCAAAACGGGUCAAUUAAACAAUGAAAC